CUGCAUCCCGUGUAGGCUAUCUCACUUCUCAAUCCCUCACUGCUUCUCAGGGCGAUGGAGAGCCACAGGUGCGCACAGGCUCAGCCACAGGCUCAGGUGAGCUCGGGUGUCGCUUCCCCGUCCUCUGGACUCCCUCACCGGGCGGCUCUGAUUCUGGCCCGGGGUGGCAGUAAAGGAAUCCCUCUGAAGAACAUCAAGAAUCUGGCCGGUGUUCCUCUCAUCGGAUGGGUUCUGAGAGCCGCCUUGGACUCAGGAGUCGUUGACAGCGUGUGGGUUUCCACAGAUCAUGACGAAAUUGAACGGGUCGCAAAAGUCUGGGGUGCGAAAGUUCAUCGUCGCAGUCCUGAAGUUUCCAACGAUUAUUCCAGCUCUCUGGAGACUAUCCAGGAGUUCAUCCGACUGAGACCCGAGGUGGACAUCGUCUGUCAUAUUCAGGCUACGUCUCCAUGUCUGCACCCUCAUCAUAUCAGAGAAGCCCUACAGAUGAUCACAGGACAGGGGUAUGACUAUGUGUUUUCAGUGGUGCGCAGACACCAGUUUCGGUGGGAAGAGGUGGACAAGAAAGUGGGUAAGAAUCCGACUUCUCCGAACAUCGAUGUGGCGCACAGACCUCGACGCCAAGACUGGCCUGGGGAACUCUAUGAAAAUGGCUCUUUCUACUUUUAUAAGAGAAAGGACCUGGAAAACGGCCUUACGCAGCUGGGCAAGAUCGCGUACUAUGAAAUGCUGCCGGAGCACAGCGUUGACAUCGACGUGGACAUCGACUGGCCUGUCGCUGAGCAGAGAGUUCUGAGGUUUGGCUACUUCGGCCGAGAGGAGAAAGCGGCGGUCAGGCUGUUUCUGUGUAAAGUGUCUGGAUGUUUGACCAGCAGUCAGAUAUACACGUCGGUUUCUGGAGAGGAUCUUGUGGCCAUUAAUGCUCGAGACGUGGCAGGCGUACAGAUGCUAAAGAGAGAAGAUAUAGAGGUGAUCCUCAUAUCCAGCGUGAACGAGCUGCUGUCCGGGGCUCUCCUGGAGAAAGUGUCCCAGCGGGUCGGAUGUGUCCUCGGGAUUGCAGACCAGCAGAAAGGGCUUGAUGUGAAGCGGCUGAUGGAAAAGAGGAAGCUGCGCUGGGAUGAAGUGGCCUUCAUGGGUUCAGAAGCUGAAGACGUAGAGAUCCUGUCUCAGGUGGGGCUGAAUGCCGUCCCAUGUGACGCACCUGUGGCAGAUCUCAUCGCAGCGAAAUACACCUGUCAGAGACCCGCCGGCCACGGAGCCGUUCGAGAGUUUGCAGAGUACAUUCUGAUGCUGAAGAAAAAGAGCUCGUCGCACGUCAACCAGGAUCAUAUUGACAGGGCUCAUUUUUAAAGCCUAUUCCAGUUUCGAUUUUAAACAAUCAGUUUAUGUUGCUGUUAUAACAUGACUCAGGAUGUAAUUUGACCUGAGUGUGGAUUUACUAGUUCCUUCAGUUGAAAUGCAAUGUUCUUUUAGUAGUUAUUGCCAAUCCUGUCAGGUGUGGUGGUGGUGAAAGGAGCGAGGACUCAAGUGGAGAUUUGAUGGCUUUUUAAUAUUAAUAAAAUAAAACAAAACAGACAAAAAGUAAGAUAAAAAGUCUUCUAAAUUAUCCGGACAAGUGCUACAAGUUGAUACUAGCUAUUUAUUAGACACUAGUACCUUUUGUAAUUGUUAGUAGAUCAGAAUUUCAUAUUGUUUUUUGACCAUAUUGUUAACAACGGCUGCUCCUCAUUAAAUAUUUUUGCUCAGUUUGGGCCUCUGAAUAAAAAUAUGUUAUUCAAAUUUUUUUUUGUCCUUGAAUUUGAGUGAGCUAGGAAAGUUAAUCAAGUAUGAUAGUCCUGCUCUAACAAAAAACAGGAAUUGAAACGUUUUUAAAAAGAUUUUUAGAUAUUCAACGAACUUUUCAAUUUCUGACAAUUAUAUGUCUUACAUGAUUAUUAUCUUGAAG